UGGUCUGUUUGCAAUCCAAAGUUUAGUUAGCCCUCGUAAUACGACAGCUCGAGUCGUAGACAGACAGGCAUAAGCCCGUGGUCGAGACAUAAGGCUCUCGCAGACGUACGCUAGCUAAGCGCGCAGUGAACUUCAGUUCAGGCUCUCCUUUUUCAAGUGGUGUGUCGUGAAGCAAUGGCCGUAGCCGCUGCCCAGAAGAACCGCGAAAUGUUCGCCAUCAAGAAAUCCUACAGCAUUGAGAACGGCUACCCAUCUCGCCGUCGCUCGCUCGUAGAUGACGCCCGCUUCGAAACACUAGUUGUCAAACAGACCAAACAGAGUGUGCUUGAAGAGGCUCGUGCACGUGCCAAUGACUCUGGCUUGGAAUCUGAUUUCAUCCAAGACGCCGCUCAUGUAGGCGAUAACGAGAAGACCAUAGAAGAUGCCACUCAACACGAUGAAACUAAAAAUGGUCACUUUGAUGCUGAUAAUGACGACGGUGGCGAGAAUGGGGACGAAGAUUAUACUCUUACUGAAGAGGAAGUAAUCCUGCAAAACGCUGCAAGCGAGAGCCCAGAAGCUGAACAGGCGAUGCAACAAGCCGCUUUGCUUCUUCGUAUGCGCGAAGGCAUGGGCUCACUUGCUCGCAUCCUUAAAACAAUCGAUAACUACAAGGGUUGCGUAGAACAUCUUGAAACUCGUCCCUCUCAAGCCUCCGGAACUCAAUUUGAUGCUCUCGUAAAAGUCAGCAUGUCUCGCAUAAACUUGCUGCAACUUAUUAGAUCACUUCGCCAAUCGACUUCAUUCGCUGGAGUUAAUCUAAUUUCCGAAAACAACAUCUCCAACAAGACUCCGUGGUUCCCUCGUCACGCAUCCGAUCUUGACAACUGCAACCAUCUUAUGACUAAAUACGAACCAGAACUUGAUAUGAAUCACCCUGGAUUCGCUGACAAGGACUACAGGGAGCGCAGGAAGCAAAUCGCCGAGAUUGCAUUCGCUUACAAGUACAGCGACCCAAUUCCAUCGAUCACUUACUUGGAAACCGAGAACGCUACUUGGCAACGAGUUUUCAACACCGUGCUCGACUUGAUGCCAAAACACGCAUGCAAGGAGUACAAGGCAGCUUUCGGUAAACUGCAGGCGGCAGACAUCUUUGUUCCUCACCGCAUUCCGCAGUUGGAAGAUGUAAGCAACUUCCUCCGCAAGCAUACCGGAUUCACACUCCGCCCGGCUGCUGGUUUGCUCACAGCUCGGGACUUCCUCGCUUCGCUCGCCUUCCGCGUCUUCCAAUCUACACAAUACGUACGCCACGCCAAUUCGCCAUUCCACACACCUGAACCUGAUUGUAUCCAUGAGCUUCUUGGACAUAUUCCUCUUUUGGCUGACCCGAGCUUCGCUCAAUUCUCUCAAGAGAUUGGACUUGCCUCACUGGGCGCUUCCGAUGCGGAAAUUGAAAAGCUCUCAACUGUAUACUGGUUUACCGUUGAAUUCGGCCUUUGCAAAGAAAAUCAACAACUGAAGGCAUAUGGUGCUGCUCUUCUGUCUUCUAUUGGAGAACUACUUCACGCUCUUAGCGACAAACCUGAGCUUCGACCUUUCGAACCCGCUUCCACUUCGGUACAGCCCUACCAAGAUCAGGAAUACCAACCCAUCUAUUACGUCGCUGAGAGCUUCGAAGAUGCCAAAGACAAAUUCAGACGUUGGGUGUCUACUAUGUCCCGACCAUUCGAAGUGCGCUUUAACCCGCACACAGAACGCGUCGAAGUUCUCGACUCGGUGGACAAACUGGAGACCCUAAUCUGGCAACUGAACACGGAGAUGCUACACCUCACCAACGCCGUUAAGAAGCUCAAGGGCUCGCACUUCGAGUGAACCCGUUACCUACAUUAUACAAUCAGAUCAGUGCACGCGGCCUUGCCGUACUUUGUAUAGCUAGUGAUAUUAUAGAAGUAAGUCUGUUGUCGUGUGGAGCGUGUGUGCGAGUGUGGAAACCAUCGGAUGGUACUUCGUUGAAUUCCUUUUGUACCUUAUUAUUUAUUAUGCCGAGCUCAUUGCCCGGGCCUCGGAAUGCGCACGGAGCUCCCGAUUGCCCAUUUAGGGAGGCCGUGCCCGUUUGCGAGACCAUAACUAUUAUAUUAGUAUUAAUUUAUAAUUUAAUGAAAAACACAAACAAAUAAAAAUGGAGCACCAAAAA